AUGUAACACUUCCUUUUCAUGCAAAGGCCUCCGGUGGAAAACAUCAGACACCGAGCCUUUAAAAAUAAUAUCAGAAGUAGUAUUCCUCAACACAUUUGUUUAACAUCAGAAUAUUUCCAUCCCUUGUUGGAAUACGUAAACAUCGACAGUAAACAUGCCUCAGAACGAACACAUUGAGUUGCACCGUAAACGCCAUGGUUAUCGGCUGGACCACCAUGAGAGGAAGCGGAAGAAGGAGAGCCGUGAGGCACAUGAACGCUCACACAAGGCACGCAAGAUGAUUGGUCUGAAGGCCAAACUCUACCACAAACAGCGACAUUCUGAGAAGAUCCAGAUGAAGAAGACCCUCAAGAUGCACGAACAGAGAAAGAGCAAACAGAAGGAUGAUGAGAAGACGCCUGAGGGAGCCGUGCCAGCGUACCUGCUGGACAGAGAGGGGCAGUCCCGUGCCAAGGUCCUCUCCAACAUGAUUAAACAGAAGAGGAAGGAGAAAGCUGGUAAAUGGGAGGUGCCACUGCCAAAGGUGCGGGCACAAGGGGAGAUGGAGGUUCUGAAGGUGGUGCGGACAGGCAAACGACAGAAGAAGGCCUGGAAGCGGAUGGUGACCAAAGUCACCUUUGUUGGAGACGGCUUCACACGGAAACCCCCCAAAUAUGAGCGCUUCAUCCGGCCCAUGGGUCUUCGUUUUAAAAAAUGUCACGUGACGCACCCAGAGCUUAAGGCCACAUUCUGUCUGCCUAUCCUUGGCGUGAAGAAGAACCCCUCCUCGCCCCUUUACACAACACUAGGGGUCAUCACAAAGGGAACAGUCGUUGAAGUCAACGUCAGUGAGCUGGGCCUUGUCACACAAGGAGGAAAGGUCAUCUGGGGUAAAUAUGCCCAGGUAACGAACAACCCAGAGAACGAUGGUUGCAUCAACGCUGUGCUGUUGGUCUAACAGAGCCUGGCUACAUGAACUGUACCUCUGAAAGCUGCUGUUGUGCAAUACCAGCUCUGGGAGUGUCUGUAUCCUCACAGAGAACACGUCUUGUAAUCCGUGGAGAAGAAGAAGAAUUAUGGUGUGGAGGUGUACAACCAGAUGCAUCUCAGCAACUCUUGGAGUCUUUUCGGCAGUGGCAUGUAUUAUAUUUGAGAAUGUUCUGUUUAUAAUUAAAAAAAAAAUGAAAUUUA